CAUCCCAGCCCCAGGGGCUGACAUUCCAUGACACCAGAGGGAAAGCAGACUUGCCAGGUCAGGAGGUGGAAGGAAGGGAAUGAAGGGCCUGCUUCUAGGAAGCUGUGAUGUGUGUGUAGUGACCAACAGGACUUCUUUGAAGAGACCAGCUAAGCUCUUGACUCUGCUGUGUGCAAAGAGGCUGAGGAGCUGGCUCCUCCACAACCUUCCAGCCCCUCUGGCCCCGCCCUGUCUUUCCUCCCUCCUGCAACCCGGUGCAAUGUGCUCAAGCAGUGGAUACAUUUCUGGUAUGUGACGUCCCUGCUGUUGCUGUGUGUCUUACUCCCACCCUUCCCUUCUCUCUGUCUCUCUUUUUCUUCUUUCCACUGAACCUCCCAGCAGGCUCAAGCCAGGUUUCUGAGUGCUGAAGAAAGAAAGCAGAUGAACCAUGGAUCCCAAUGAAAUGCCUGCUAUGCCCUGCUCCCUCCCCGACUCCACCCCUGGACUUGAGACCGGAGCCCCAUGUGGCAUUGAACUUGGCCCCAGAGGAUCUGUACGUCGCUGUGCCCGCUGCCACAACCAUGGCAUCACUGACCAAAUCAAGGACGAGGAGCACCUCUGCCUCUUCCAGGCCUGCAAGUGUCACAAAUGUGUUCCCUCCUCGGAACACGACAGCAUCUUGCCUGCUGAACGUGACUUGAAGAUGGACCAGGGGCCGCACCUAAGGAGGCGCCCGACUCGAGGACGGACCAGGGGUGGGACUACCUCUCCCAGAGCUCGCAGCCGUGGCAAGAAGUUGGGCACUCAAGCAAGAGUCCCCG